AUGGAGGCUGAUUCAAAGGUAGCGAUAAACUACCACACACUUGAAGCGGAGGUUAUAGCUGAAUUAAGCACUAGAGACAGAUUUGCCCCAAUAGAAGAAAGGCAGGAUACUGGAGUGUUAGCUCUUGAUGUCAUUUCUACAAUAAGCCAUGGUAAUACCUUAUGAAAAGGGAACAAAUGCCAUGUAUAUUUGGGUUGCCUGAUUUGACAAAAACUUCACCAGUAGAGGUAGCCUGCGUAGCAGGCGCUUGGAAGUAGUGGGCGAAAGAGAGAACGGGCGCGUGCGAGGGAGACACGGGUGUCUCCCUCUCGAGCGUCCAUUUUUUCUUGUGUACAGUAGAAGAUGUAUGCCUUGCGAGCUGUCCAAAUGCAAAUUAGUGAUCAGAAAUAUUUCAUUUAUAGAUCAUUUGCCUCAUGCAAACUUUUAUGCUUCUUCCCUUGCUUUUUCUUAAUUUGUUUUUCUGUUUUCAUUCUUUACCCAUCAGUCUGUCAUUCAUUUGUAUCAGGCUUUUCUUUCAGUUUCUAUUUACACUUCUUCCAUUUUCUUUCUUCCUACAAUGAUUUCUGACUAAAUCUGGGACACUUUAUCUUAUCUGAAAGCUCGCCAGAAGCUGGUCUUAUCAGGCAUACGUCUUUUAAGGUACAGCUGACGUCUAUGAAAAUAAACUGGUUACUUGAGAAAUAUGUGGUGUCUUUUAAAAGAGCAAGCACCCGCUAAAUUAUUUCAGAAUCAUCAAAUUGUGAAUUCAUUUUCAAGGGAGGAGGGGACGGAACCCCAAACUUGUUUUAAGAAUUCGGCAACAGAGUACAGCGUCGUUCGAGACCCGGCGAGGCGAAGAGUCCGAUUUCUCAGGGUCCGUCUAGUCAGGUGAGGCAAAUCAGGCAGCAUUGAUGUGGUUUAUUUCGCUAACCCAGUGUCUUUGUGUUUUUCUCCCCUUUGUUUCAUUCGUUACAAAAGCCCAUUAAAAUAAAAUGAAAAAUACAAUGACUCAGAAAACUAUUUUUCUGCGGAGUUUGUUUAGAUCUGAGCAAAGCAUUUGAUACGGUAGACCACUAUAUUUUAUUUUGUGUAACACUACUACUGGCCCACUACUCUUUUUGAUUAACAAUUAUGAGAUCUGUAACUCCUCUAUAGCUAGUAUAUUUUCUAAUUUACUAUAUAUUGACAAAUAACCCAUUGCCUUGACAAUAAAUAAAACUGGCCCAUGGAUGGAACCUUGUGGUACACCCACAGUCAAGGGGUGCAGUUCAGAGACACAAUUAGCUUGGCUCCGUUGUUAAAGGAAGUUCAUUUUCAGACAAGUCGCACGCAGAAUGGACUCGCCAAUUCUCCUGACACAUGUCCAGAAGGACGAUCACGGAUAUCUUUUUGUCAUCCAUGUUCUUUUAGAUUUUAUCGGUGAAAUAAAGUAGGUCGGUUUAGGUUGAGCGUAAUUUCUUAUUACCCGUUUAAGCGUUCAAAAUUUUCAUUUUGAUCUAAAAAUUUAAGAAAAUGCGAAAUAGUUACAUUGGUCAUCAUGUGUUUGCUUACCAAUAAAGUUCACGUUUUAACUGUGACCUCAAGUAGCUGAUCUCUAAGAAACACCGUUUGGGCCUGGAAUUUAACUUUCUUGCCUUCCUUAGUGUGCUUCACACUUAAACUGAUCAAUCUCGCGUAUUUUUUUCAGGAAAAUAUCAAACCUUUUGGCGUGGAGUAUCACUUUUGAAAGACCCCUUGGAUCAAACGAUUCUCCAACAAUUGCUAUGGGAACAGAAGCCUCGAACUGUUAUUGACUUUGGCGCCUAUAAAGGAGGCUCCGCUUUGUGGAUAGCGGACCUGUUAAAGCUGUUCGGUUGUCAGUCUCGAGUUGUAUCUAUGCUGAAGCUGGCAAGUCUUCGGAUGUGGAGUUCAUUCAAGGCGACUCAUUUCAAGUAGAGAAAGUUUUAUCAAGCACGUUUCUGGAAGUAAGUUAACGAAACGGUGCGCUAUCUUUUGCUCUGCCAUGUGUACUACUUUAAACUAAUCAUGGUUGGUUUUUAACUCAUGGAUACGCUAACUAUAGAAACGUGUUCUUGUAAACAGUGUCAUUCGACCCCACUGUUGCCAACCUAAGUUACCACGAAAAAUCGGCUUUUCUAAUCUGAGAAACAAGGAGAAUUCUAACAGAAUUGGUAAAUUGUUUCUGUUUGACAAAUAGAUAUCAUGUUGCCCUGCGUCUGUUCAGUAAUAGAUCACAGAUGACCUCAAAAUGUGGUAAAAACCAAAAAAGUGACACACGAGCCGCAGGCUCGUGUGUCACUGAUGUUUUACCACAUUUUGGCGUCUUCUGUAGUGUUGACAAACAUUAAAAUUUAUUCUACAGCAGCUGGAAUUAUUCCUCGUCUAUAUCAUUUCAACAUAUGGAAAGGGACGUUUUCCUUUGUCAUCUGAUUUUGAAUGUAACUGUUGCGGUGAAAUAACAUCCUUACUAAACCGGUAAAUCAAAUUAUAACUCCUUUUGUUUUACAUUCAUUUUCAUACAUAAUCAAGUCCACAAAAUGGAAUAAGGAGACAAUAGACCAUUUUACAGUUGUGUACUUAGUAUCCUAGUCUUUGAGUGAACGUGAGGCUGAGGUUGACCUUGUUUUGAUACAAACCUCUUUCCAGUUUUCUUAUGGAAAUUAUGCUUAAAAAAUACCAGUUAGCAUAAGAACAACACGAGUUACAUGAUAAAGCGGGAAGGGUUGCAGAAAAAAAAGGUCAACUCGAGCCUCGUUUCCCCCUGCAACUGUAAAAUGGUCUAUUAAACCACGGCAUACACAUUUUAAAAAAUGACCAAAUUUGCUUUCCUUGAUAAUGAUAUUGUUAACAAUAGUUUUUCCAAAGAUGUCGCAUUAUUUAACAGAAUUUGCAUCAUCCUUGGCUCGUGAUAGAAGACGCGCACGAGAACUUGGUUGGAGUGUUGGAGUAUUUGGAUAAGUUCACUGAACCCUGGCGACUAUAUCUGUGUUGA